AUGUUUGGUAAUACACAAUGCUUACUAUCCGUAGUACUAGUGAUUUUGAAUAAUAGAGGGAUUGCAAAACAAAGUCAAGAUGAUGUUAAGACCAAGGAAAACUUUGAUUUAAAUACCACUCACAUAAUCAUUCAGAGCAUCCUUCUUUGUGGACCAGACGUCGUCUGUGAUAAGUCGAUCCUUUCUUCUCUUGGGAUUCGAAUUGACUCAGAUGUGGUUCCUCCAAACAGGUGCCCUUAUUGUACUUGUCAAGAAUAUGACUGUUAUUCCAAAUGGUCUAACCAUCCCUGCUGUCCAGACUUAUUCUUUCAGAAAUCUUUAUUAGAAUGCACCGAUACUUACGUUGCUCCGUUCAGAUUUUCAAAACCAGAUCUCAUGGUGUCCCGUUGUCCGGUUGGUACAGGGGCCAUUUUAUCCGGUAACUGUACCAAGGAACAUGAAGAAAAAGACCUACUAACGCUACCACCGGUUGCUUCAUCAACAAGCUGGAUAUCCUACAAAAACAAAUACUGCGCUUUGUGUCAUAACGAGACGAAUUACCUGGAAUGGGUAUUAUCUUUCAAGUGCCUAGUUCCAACUGAUAUCAACCAUCGUUCGUCAUCCGAUGAUCUUAUUGCUUUCGCCAAAUCAGAAUCCUGUGGCAUUCAUUUCGAGCAUCCAGACAUAGGGCCACAUAUGAAGCUUUGCCCUACUCGUUACAAUAAAAUAAUCGGUGCAUGCAAUGUAUCAGGCACUUGGUUGCAUUAUGACGACCAAAUACAAACUGCAUGUCAAAGUGGGUAUGAAGCACGUUAUGGCAUAUUUAAAAAUAUUUUCUGCAAAAUUUGCAACCCCCCGAAAUUCGAAGAGCGGGUUUUGAUUACAGCCUGUGAACACUCAAGCAUCUUUGAGGAUGCUUGCUUGAAUCUGACUUUCCUGCAGGCUUCAUUCCCCUAUAAGAAUUAUUUUUGCUUCGUUUGCAACCACGGCGACAAUAAUGAAGAAUACUACAAUGAUGUUAGGUUCAUAGCCGCCAAUGAGACAUAUUGGGGAAACGAAUUUAAAUUUGACAUUGAAAUUGCAUAUAUUGCAGACCAUGUAAAAGUGUAUUUGCAGGAAAAUGUGGAGAAAAUAGAGUCAAACGUACUUAAUAUAAAUACAGAGGCCAUAAAACCAUCAGAAGAGCCGAUGCAGACUAAUUUUCAAAGAACGGUUGAAAUGUUCGAGCUGCCAAUAGAUAAUACCAUCUGUUCAAUGAGAUCAAGUAAUGGAACCUCCCCGGAUACUCCGCCCGAUAAUCUCUCACUUUUUCGUUAUUCAAUCAACUUGACAAAUCUAGUUUAUGCCGGUUUCUCUUUAUCAGGAACAGGUACCUGCACACCAGGGUUAUUACCAAACUAUACAUUGUCCCUACGAAGAGACUGUUCCUGUUCUGCGGGCUGCGUUUUUGGUUGCUGUGACGAUUUUUCGAUAAGGCAAAAAUGGACUUGCAUCAGUGAUGUGUAUCCGGGAAGCGAGGGAAAUGAUGCGUAUAAGAACUUUCGUGCAAUAAAUGGAUGUCUUCGCACGAAUUAUUUAGGAAAACUCUGCACACAGAAAAAUGUUUCUCAUUUUUACCAUUCUACUCCAGUGCAACAUACAUAUUGGUCAUUUCAACAAGUGAUAGACAGUUUCAAAGAAAGUUCCUGUGAUAUAAGGUUUCAUGUUCCAUUUUUUACCGAGAGAUGUAGUGACGUUUGUGAUGUAGAAAUAUCAUCUUGUAAUCUGUCGGGGACAUGGAAAUCGUACAACAAAGAUGUACAAAUAGCGUGUGAACAAGCAGACGCCUUGACGUUUCCGCCUGUAAGCUCGGGUUUGGUAGCCUACAAAAAUAAAUUCUGUUUAAUCUGUAACCCAACUGAAGUGAAUUCGUCUGAAAUAAUACAGACAUGUAAACAAGACAAAGAUCCAAACUUAGUCAAAGCUUGUCUUCAAUUUCAAAGCAUUCAUGUUUGCUCCCAGUACAAAAACAUUUUCUGUGAAAUGUGCAAUGAUAUGAACGUAUCCUGUGAGGGCAUUGUUUAUUGGAACUACACCACUGGUGAAGUUCAUGGGAGUACUUUUCCCUAUGAUUUCAGCUUCCGGUUGCCAUUUUCUUUAGCUGCAUAUGAUAAAAAUGAUGAUAAGACAUUACUGGAGAGCCCUUUAAGCUGUUUACCAAACCAAAUCUACGAUGAACGACUUAAAUCAUGCAAGGACCUGAUCUGUUUUCCAGGCAAGACCCUCUGGAAUGGUACGUGUGUUUCUGUUCUGGCAGCAUCGACCAAUCUGCGUUAUACUUUGGCUACUAAAGUCAAAUUUACCCUUCUAACAGGCAAUACUGGAACUGUCCAAGGAACAUUAUUCAAGUUCAAAGCCUUACUAUGGGAGAAAAUACAUCAAUUGACCCAGAGAACAGAGACACAUUAUACUGCAAUUGAAAAUUUUAUCUUAAUGGUCUCCACGGGCUGUCGAACUUUGAAUGUAAGGCAGGGCGAAAUUUAUUCGUAUGUUAAAUUUGUAAUAACGAAACAAAUUAACAGAGAUGAGUUGGAGGAAAGGCUUGUUCUUUUCAUGGAAACUGCUUCAAAUUGGACCCUUUCGAACACAACCAUUGCAGAAGUUGCAAUGUCUGUUAGUGAAAGAGCAUUUAUGUUGCCCUACCUCUCGAUGCGAUUUAACAGAAAACGACAAUGUUUCAUCUUUCAAGACAGACUGGAUUGCCAGUCUAGCGCAUACAGAAAUAAUCUAAUAAGUCCUUUGCUUACUUGCCCACAAAUUCAAAUCAAAGAAAAUGAUUUUGGAUCAGCAUUAGUCGACAUUCAAACUGAUUACACCUUUUCUGGUUUUUCCAUUUAUCAGUCCAGGGCGGCAAACAUUGGAUUCCGGAUAUGUGCCAGAGACUUGUCUGAAAUUAAAUUGAAGGGCUUGAAAGAGAGCCGAUUUUUGUCUACAUUAACUCUGAUUUGUAUUUGUGUCUCUCUUGUAGCCCUUUUGCUUACUUUCUUAACGUACUGUCUAUUCCCAAGUAUCCGAACUCUUCCUGGAAUUAAUAACAUGAUUUUGGUUCUGUUUUUAUUUUUGGCACAGACGUGUUUGAUUGUUCGUCCUUUGUCCUACACAUCUGGUCUAGAAGUUGUAUCAGCUUUGUCACAUUUUUCAUGGCUGUUGGUAUUUUUCUGGCUUCAAAUUUGCUCUUUUCAUAUGUUUCGUGUCUUCACUGCCAAGCAAAGAUGGGAUAAUUCUCCAACAUCUAUCAAGAAAACUGUUACAAAGUAUUUCUUGUAUGCUUUUGGUAGCGCAACGAUUAUUGUUACCUCAAACAUUGUUACUUCCCUUAUAUUAUCUAAUGGUCAAAACACAGGUUAUGACAAGGCAUUAACGUUGAUGACACAUAGAACGGCCUUCAUCAUCACUCUACUUGUUCCCUUAAUUUUCGUCUGCUUAACGAACAUAUUUUUCUAUAUAUUGACGGCGUACAAGAUCUGUUCCUCUCCAGAUAUUGAAAGUACAACCGGAAAUAGAGUACAAUUUUCUGUUUAUAUCAAGCUGUUUACCUUGACGGGUCUUUCCUGGAUGCUUCAAAUCAUUGACGCUUUCAUAGAUGUUUCAGUGUUUUCGUAUGUUGUUGCAAUUUUGAACGGUUUACAAGGAUUGUUAAUCUUUCUUAGUUGUGUCUGUAAUGACAGAGUGUGGAAUUUGUACAAGAUAGCGUUGGGUCAAAAUAGAUAUUUCCACCCACGUCAAUCCACAACACAUUCCCAAUCCCACUCAUCUUCAAAAUGA